AUGUCAAAUAAGAAGCCUUCAGAAGCUGAGCUUACGCAGCAGUAUAACCAAUACAAAAAUGAGCUGCAAUCAGUGGCUCAAAAAAUUGGCGAAUUGGAAUCAGAAGUAGAAGAGCACAAAUUGGUCAUUGACAGCAUUUCGCCUUUGGAACCGGAGCGCAAGUGCUUCCGCAUGGUAGGCGGCGUGCUCGUGGAAAGAACAGUUAAGGAGGUUUUGCCCGCGUUGGAAACAAACUAUAAUGGGAUUCAACAAGUGAUCCAAUCAUUACUGCAAUCUUAUAAGCGCAAGGAGCAAGAAUUUGUGGAAUUUCAAAAGAAGCAUAAUAUUCAAGUUGUGGCAAGACAGUAA